AUGAUCAUUGCGCUCUUGUGCCCACCUGCGGGUGCCGAGAGCUGUGCAGCCUCCACCUCGGGGCCGAUGAUGCUGCAAGCAAGGCGGAGCCAGCUGAACAAAAGCAAGUCGACUGAGGCGGUCAUGGCGACCAUGGGCCUUUGGACAAAGGAUAUAGCGGCUCUCCGUGGUGGUUCCUGCGAAUAUGCCGCGGCAUCGCAAGGGGGUCUGCAGUCGCCAGCAGCGACAAGCAAGUACCUGGAGUCUCGCGCGGUGUGCAUCGCCAACCCGGAGAUCUACGGCAAUGGCGCAGCCUGUGGUUCCUGCUGGAAGGCUCACCGUGAGGGCCAGGGCAGCAUGGUGGUCCAGAUUAUUGGAUCGCAUGGAGGCUCCGACCUUGGCUGCUUCUUCGAUGCCUUCCGCACCAUCUCGGGUGCGGAUGCCGGUACUUUCGAGGUGAGCCUGGAGCCGGUCCAGUGCGAGGUAGCGGACUCCGGUCCAGUGGCCACAAUCUUGGAUGGCAACAACGCCUGGUAUACCAGAGCCAUUUUCAGCAACCUGCCCUAUGCCGUCGUGAAAGCUUCGAUUUUGGUGGAUGGUAAGGUCACGGAGAUGCAGCGCGUCUCGGGAGCAACUUGGCAGGCUAAUCUCGCCGGUGAGGGCUCUCGGGCCUCGUUUCGUCUGGGCCUCGAGCAGGCAGUGGAGGUAUCCUUCGGCGACUGCUUCAGCUCCUGGCCUGUCGCGACGGGAAGUUCCUGCGCUGUCUCCAGCUCCCCAACUCCCAGCCCAAUACCGGCACCGACUACGACGAGCCAGGCCUCUGUUCCUCCCACUUCGACAACCCAAAGGGUCACCACCCCAGCUCCGAUCGAAACCACGCUGCCAUCCUCAGCCUGCGCGGCCCCUGGUGAAGACUGCCGCAAUGCCGGCUGCUGCGAGCAAGCCGAGCACACCUGCUACGAAAAGGACGACUUUUGGGCCGCUUGCCGUCGAAGCUGCGAGCCCGGCAGCCUGAACCCCACCGAUCCGGAGGAUUUUCGCACGCCUUGGACCUGCAAGGUCCUCGAGAAGAACGGCGCGUCGCCACAACCACAGCCGCAGCCGCAACCGCAGCCACAACCGCAGCCGCAACCGGCACCGUCUCCAAAUCCAGGACCCUCAACCUCUUUCCGAACUUCGACAGCUGGCUCCAGCAAGGACCGCCUCUUCGAGUUCGUUGACGAGCUCACGAAUCAGCCGGUUCCGGGAUCCAAGGCUCGAGCUGUUCAGUCUUCUGGUGGAGCUGCCGGGGGUAUCGUUUCGGAGAGCCAAGGCUACGGGCUCCUGGUCUCCGGCACAGUGCUGGCGGCCAUGGGCUCCGACUCGGAUUUCAAUCGCGUGUCCGAGCUCACCCAUGAGCUGUUCCUGGGAUGGCGCCGCAUGUGCGAGCUGAGCGCCGCGGGUGGCAGCUGCCAGGACGACGAGGGCUUCCAGUGUGGCGGUGGCCGGUACCCGUGCCUCCCUCAUUGGAAAUUUGGGGAGGACCUCACCCGAAUCGACGGCCGUGGCGCCGCACCGGAUGGGGAUGUUGAUGCGCUGCUGGGCAUGUUGAUGGCUGUCUUGGCUUUGGAGGGCACCAGCCGCGAGCCGGACUGGCUGGAUGAAGUUGGCCAGUGGGCCUAUGCCACGUGCAAGCAAUUCUACCUCAGCGCCACCGUGGCCUCCCCAACCGGCCGCCACCAAAUCGUCAAGUUGGGCUCCUGCUGGGGUGGCUGGGGCAGCCAAGGGCAGAACCCCAGCUAUCACGCACCGGGUGUGUAUCGCCUUUGUCGAGACUAUAUGGCCUCCCACGACGACCGCUACGGCUCAUCCUCCUCCGAGGGCGAUCGCUUUGAAUCGAAAUGGGAGACACUCAUCGAGACCAGCUAUAAGAUGUUGGGGGCCACUCAGUGUCCUUCCACUGGAUUGGUCCCGAACUGGGCGCAGGUCUUCGAAGAGGGCCAGCGACUCCGAGCUCAGACUGGUUUCAGCGGCAGCGGCACCCCGGGUGCUGAGUUUGGUGCAGAGGCAAGCAGGACGAUCUGGCGAGUGGUGGUAGACUUCCUGCUGUAUCCAUCGGAGGCGGGACCAGCAGCAGAGUUUCUUCACCCGGUGGCGCGGCACUUGGAAAAGAAGGAGACCGCGGGUCGCUGGGCAUCCUCCUUGGACGUGGAUGGUGCCUGCCUUGUGGAGACCAUCCACCCAGGGUGGCAGGUGAACAUGUUCAUGGCGGCGCCAACGUUCGCCAGCCUUGUUUGCCCAUCUGCAGACCUGCCGGGACGGCGGCAGCAGGAGCUUCUAGACUCGGCUGGCCGGCUGGUGGCCCGCAAUCGCAUUCGGGACUACUACUCUGGAAGUUGGGUGGCUAUUAGCACCAUGACUCUCAACGGCGACCUGGCGCAAGCCGCUGCGAAUGCCAAGAUCGGUCAAGCAGCACGCUCCCGCCCGUCGCCGGUAAAGUUGAUCUCUUGA